AGCUUCAGAGGAUCACCAAAGCGCAUUUUGCAGGUUGCGAAGGCUGAGAUGGAUCGUGGGAACUACCACCAAUGCGUUUACUCUCUGACCAGGAACUUGCUGAGGCUGGUCCAAGCUCGGGCGUGAACGACGGCGAUAUGAUGCUGACAUCUGAGGACCAAGCACCACUGGAAGGCGGACAGGAUAAGAUGUUUACCAUCAUGACUUUUCAAAGCGACAUCCCUGGUGCACGUGGCUCGGUGUUGACGGUAGAAGAGAUUCUACCUGAAAUGAUAGCCGCUAUUCCUCCUCUUCCUGGAUGUGCGGCCCUGUGCUUAUUGCAGUGGAAUGCAACUGUAAGAGAUGACUGGGAAAACCGAUUAGGUUUGCGUAUGGCUUUGAACCGUAUCCGGUCUUACUCGCCACACUGCCUUUCUGGAUUCUUAGGGCCAAUUAUGCGCACCCAUGCCGUAGUCUUAGAGCAACUGAAGGAAGAUGAGCUGACCAAUUAUCUAUCGUUCUUCAGCGUGGUAUUGAGUUACAAGACCGAGAUACUUCUUAGUUCGCGAAGGACACCCGUAUAAUAUAGAUGAGAUGGAGCAGCGGAAAUUCCAUAUCUGUUCAAAGUCCAUAAUCCUGCUCAGUUACACCUCCUC